ACGGCUACAAGCCGGGGGACCUUUCCUGUCUGAAACUGGAAGCGAGCACAUCAGGAAAAAUGGCAGCGCCACCUCUCGGCCUCGCCUGCAGGGUCGCCGGGGCCUUCACCACACCGGCGGUGGCGCAUUCCGGUUUCCGCCCCCGACGUCUCGGCCCUGGUCUCCUCCCUUCAAAGAGAUGGAGCGGGGUGGUGAGGAUGGGGGCGGUGGUCGGAGGAGGGCAGGAGGGUGAGGAGGACGAGGAGCUGAGGCAGACCAAGGAGCAGGCUGCCGCCAGGAGGCGGUGGGAGACCCUGAUUAGGGAGCAGAAGAUUAAAACCCUUACACCAAGGGAAGCUGGCUAUACGUUCAAACUGACGGACAAGGCUCUUCUGGAUGUUAGACCCUCAAACGAGCGUCAAAAGGCUUGGGUGAAAGGCUCUACCUGGAUUCCUAUAUUUGAUGUGGAUACUUCAGUUGAUCUGGGCGGACUUAGCAAAAAAGUCAGCAACUUUGUAAUGGGUGGCUGGUGGAGUGGCAGCUCAACAUUGUCAUUUAAUAAGAACUUUGUACAGCAGGUUGAGGAGAAGUUUUCAAAAGAUACAGAUAUAAUACUAGUGUGCCAGAAAGGACUUAGAUCACUUGCCGCCUGUGAACAGCUGUACAAUGCUGGUUUUGAAAAUUUGUUCUGGGUACAAGGAGGCCUCGAAGCUGCCGAAGAGGAGGAUUUUGAGAGGGAAGGUUCCCAGCCUUUCAAGCUCGCCGCUAUUGGAGGGGUUUCUGAAUUCUUUGGAUGGACGGACCAGCAACGCAGGCAGGCCGCCAAGGAAGGACUCGGAUACCGGCUUGUCUUCACUGGUCGCUUGGUCGGAGCACUGGUGCUACUUGACGCUUUGUUUCUAGGCGCUCAAAGGAUCGGUCCUCUGCUUCAAGAAAUGCAACCUCAUUGAUCUCCGCAGAACGCUGCUGUAGCCAAGGUAGCUCUGCAAACGCGUCCGCUUGGGUUUAUUGUGUCAUCAGAGACACCAAGCAUGUUGUCCUCUGUACAAGUGUACAUGUAAAAGUUCGCAGCAGGGUCUUCGAGUUGCCUUUGUUGUAGGCCUGUAGCAUGAAUGAACGUAAUUUUUUUAUGAGUGUAUGUGCCAAGAGGAGCGCUUGGCACUUUGUAGCUGUUUAGCACGGCAAAAACAGAAGAAAUUCCUUUUUUGAGAGGCCAUGUCUUCCAUCCUGCAGCUGCUAGGAAUCAAUUCGGAAUAUUCCUUUUGA